AACUUGGUGAUAUCUGACAAAAACAAAAUUGUAUCAGGAAAGGCCUAGCAAUAUUUUAUUAAAUGUAAAAGGCGGCGCUGCCGAAACUUCUUUUCCUGUGAAACUACACAGAUUGGUGCAGGAUGGGCAUCGAUCUUUGUCAUAAACACGACCGCAAAAGUCGGCGCACUGAGCCGAAGUCUCAGGAUGUUUACCUUCGUCUGCUGGUUAAGCUGUACCGGUUCCUGGCGCGCCGCACGGGCGCCAAGUUCAACCGCAUCAUCCUGAAGCGUCUGUUCAUGAGCAAGAUCCACCGUCCGCCGAUGUCGCUGGCGCGCAUCAUCCGCUUCAUGAACAAGCCGGAGCGCGAGAACCGCAUCGUGGUGGUGGUGGGCACCGUCACCAACGACGUGCGCAUCUUCAAGGUGCCCAAGAUGACGGUGUGCGCCCUGCGCGUGACAGAGCAGGCGCGCGCGCGCAUCCUCAAGGCGGGCGGUGAGAUCAUCACCUUUGACCAGCUGGCACUGCGCGCGCCCACCGGCAAGAACACGGUGCUCAUGCAGGGUCGCCGCACGGCCCGCGAGGCCAACAAGCACUUCGGCCUGGCGCCAGGCGUGCCGCACAGCCAUACCAAGCCGUUCGUGCGCAGCAAGGGCAGGAAGUUUGAGCGCGCCCGCGGCCGGCGCUCCAGCUGCGGCUACAAGAAGUAGUCGGCUCACUCUGUACCGCGCCACCGCCCCCAAAGUUGUCCAAUACAUGCCACCAGACAGCGA